GCGCUGUGCUCGGCUCGUCUGGCAGGAGGAGGGAGUGGUCUCUUCGGUUUGGGGAAGCGCCAGAUGUCGGUGGUUCAGUUCCGUCGAAACUAGGCGAACCCCGAGUCAGUGAACGACCCCGCGGGGCUGAAACCCCCCCGACGAUGAGACUAUGAGGCCCCGCUGACUGUUCUUCAUCCACACAGGAUUCCAGUGGCUCAUCCCAACCAUGCCUAGGAUAUGGUGGUCCAGGAGUUCCUGGUCAGGGCUGUGUCCGGGCCAGGCUGAGCCUCCUCAGGGUAAAGGCAUUCAUCUUUUCCUCCUCUGGACCCAAGAAGGCGAGAGGUAUUUGUCCCACACGAGUGGGGAGGUCACGGCGGAGGAGCUGUGCAUCGCAGCUGCUGAGGCUGUAGGGAUAACACCUCUGUGCCAUGUGUUGUUCGCUCUGUACAAUCCACUCUUGAGCUGCUGGUACAGUCCAAACCACAUCUUCAGUCCAGAGGAGGACUCCAGCCUGAUACUUCACUACAGUAUGAGGUUUUACUUUCACAAUUGGCACGGACUAAAUGACAAGGAGCCAGUUGUGUGCCGCUAUAGUCUCCGAUCUGGGACAGACCACAGGGGUUCCCCACUGCUUGACAUCACAUCCCUGGAGUAUAUAUUCUCUCAGGCUAAAUAUGAAUUUGUGAAUGAAGUGGUGCAGAUGGAAGACAUUCAGUCGGAAGAGGAGCUAAGUCGCUUCAAAAAUGAGAGCUUGGGGAUGGCUGUGCUUCACCUCUCGCACCAGGCGAUGCAAACAGGCUCCACGUUGCAAGAAGUUGCAGAGAAAGUCUGCUUCCUGCGCUGCAUCCCAAAGUCUUUCUCCAAACACAUUUCCAAAGACAACUUUCUGACCAGAAUCAGGAUCAAUCGGGUGUUCGCAGACUUUGUGCGGACCUUCCAGCAACACACUGUGGACCAGGGGCGGCUGGGCGCCCAGGAGAUCAUUUACAAGUACAUCUCUACUCUCGAACACCUUGUGCCGCGGUUUGGCACAGAGACUUUCCCCGUGUCCCACCUGGAGCUGAGGAAGGACGGGUACGGAGGCAGCUCUUACGCCGACAACACCCAUGUGCAGGGCGAUUCAAAAGACAACUUCACGGCUCCCGUCACCCAUGAAAUAGAGGUGUCCGGCACAAAGGGGAUUCAGUGGAGGAAGGUGUCAGUUCAGAAGGCACAGGGGAAUGGUUACUUCCGGAGCGAUUACAUAAAGAAAUCCAAGGACCAGUCGAGCCAGUCAAAUGCAACAACUCCCAACACGCUGAACUCCUUCUGUGAUUUCCCUGAAAUAACUCACAUCGCCCUCAGCGAAGCUAAUGUGUGCAUUAGCACUCAGGACAAUCACUGCAUGGUGGUUCAGAUGAACUCCAGCCAGGAGGCGCGUUCCUUCAUCUCGCUCCUGGAUGGAUACUACCGGCUGACUGCAGACGCCCACCACUAUCUUUGUCAUGAAGUGGCUCCCCCAAGGGUAGUGCUGAGUGAAGCAAAUGGACUGCAUGGGCCUAUGCAUGAGGAUUUUGUGCUGCUGAAGCUGAAGAAAGAGGCAGCAGAGGAGGGAGCUUUCCUCGUACGUUGGAGUGCUCUCAACUAUCACCGCAUCAUCCUGGCUGUGCUAAACAAAAAUAAAAACGGAUCGGCACCAAGCCACAAGCAGUUUCGGAUCCAGCACAAGGAGUCGACGUUCUGUCUGGAGGGCUGGGACCAAGAGUUCUCCAGUGUGAAGGAGCUCACAGACAGCCUCAAGUCCUUCAUGCUCAAGUCUGGAUCAGACAGCUUCACUGUGAAAAAAUGCUGUUUGCCAAGACAAACAGAACUGUCCAACCUUCUGGUGAUGAGGAGAGGUUUCGACCGGGUAAACACUGACCCCUUGUCCCUGAUCAAGACCCAGCUUCGCUUCUACCCAAUCAAGGACAAAGAGAUUGUACAGGAAGAGCAUCUGGGCUGCGGGACCAGAACUAAUAUCUACUCAGGCUGUCUUCUUAUGCAGGGACGAGGUGACAACGAGGACGACGAGUUCAAUAACAACGGCAAUGACUGCAAAGGGAUCAGAGUGGUUCUCAAGAUUCUAGACCAAAGCCAUAAAGAUGUUUCACUAGCAUUUUUAGAAACCGCCAGUCUCAUGAGCCAGGUAUCCCACAGUCACCUGGUGUUCGUGCAUGGCGUGUCUGUCAAAGGAUCUGAAAACAUCAUGGUGGAAGAAUUUGUGGAGUUUGGGCCCUUGGAUGUUUUCCUUCGCAAAGAAAAGGCAGCAGUGACCCCGCAGUGGAAAUUCAUUGUUGCCAAACAACUUGCAAGUGCUCUCAGCUAUCUUGAGACCAAAGGGCUGGUGCAUGGAAACGUCUGUGCCAAGAACAUUCUGGUGGCACGGAAAGGUCUGGAGCCGGGUACUAUACCCUUCAUCAAGCUGAGUGAUCCAGGAAUUGCUCUGAGUGUCCUCUCACGGGAUGAGCGUCUUGAGCGCAUCCCGUGGAUUGCCCCUGAGUGUGUCGACAGUCCUGCCCCCAUUGGCAAUGCUGCGGACCAGUGGAGCUUUGGUGUCACACUGCUCGAAAUCUGCAACAACGGCGAUCUUCCCAUGAGUCGCAGUGCAUUGUCUUAUAAAGAGCGCUUCUAUCAGCAAAAGGGCCGCUUUGCUGAACCAUCCUCCCCGGAACUUGCCAGCUUCAUCAGCAUGUGUUUGACCUACGAGCCUGUGGAGAGGCCCUCAUUCCGCGCUGUGCUCAGAGAGCUCACAGAAAUGAUGACAAAAAAUCCUGAUAUAUCUCCCAGUGAAACUCUCCCUGACAUGGACCCUAGCAUUUUCCAUAAACGCUACCUGAAAGAGAUUCGUGAAUUAGGGAAGGGUCACUUUGGAAAGGUCAUUCUGUACCUUUACGACCCAGCCAAUGACGGGACUGGGGAGUGUGUGGCGGUGAAGUCCUUGAAACAAGACAAUGGGCAUGUGCCUGAUGGCUGGAUAAAGGAGAUAGACAUUCUGAAGUCUCUCGAUCACAGCAACAUUGUCAAGUACAAGGGCUGUUGUACUGAACAAGGAGGACAAGUGGUGCAGCUAAUAAUGGAGUACCUUCCUCAGGGGUGUCUGCGAGACUACCUUUCCACACGUAAACUGGGUGUGCCACAAUACCUUAUGUUUGCUCAGCAGAUCUGUCAGGGAAUGGAGUACUUGCAAACAAUGCGAUACAUCCAUCGAGACCUAGCUGCUCGUAAUGUUUUAGUGGAAAAUGACAGUUUGGUGAAGAUUGGAGACUUUGGUCUGACAAAAUACAUCCCUGAAGGCGACAUAUACUAUCGUGUCCGGGAGGAUGGGGACAGUCCAGUGUUCUGGUAUGCCAUUGAGUGCCUGAAGGAGAGUAAAUUUUCCUUUUCGUCCGACAUUUGGUCCUUUGGUGUUACACUGUAUGAGAUCUUUACCGACUGUGACCACAACCAAAGCCCUCCAAUAAAGUUUUCCAAAAUGAUGGCGGAACCAGAUGGACAGAUGACUAUGAUGGUCCUCGUAAAACUGUUGGAGAGAAACCUGCGAUUGCCUUGUCCCAAAAAGUGUCCACUUGAGGUGAAAAGGUUGAUGGAGCAUUGUUGGGCUGCAAAUCCCACACACCGGCCGACAUUCACAUCCCUCAUUGAAAGUUUUGAGGCUAUUCGCCGAACAUAUGACUCUUCCCUGGCUCAGAUUUGCUGAUGAAUUAGCUGAAGAUCUAUUUGUCAACAUGUCAUCACUUUGCCGCUAUGGCAACCACCUAUUACUUGGUAGCCAGUAAUGUGUUUCCUGCUGUGCAUUGCCUGCUGCCUCCAUUUACAUUGAUGUCUUUUUGAUACAACCACUGCUGUCCUCUUAUAUGUGAUAUUAACACAAUUAUACAUUCAACUGUUUAUUUCAUGGCUGAUGAGUUAUAUUUCAAGGGGAAAGAUGCUGGCACGAGCAGGCAGACACUGUUCAGAAUAGGAUGUCUUUCAUUAUAUUUGUAAUUUUUUUAACGUUUUGUGUGUGUGUGUUAACUUUGCAUUUAAUUUUGUAUAAAUAAAAACAAAUACAAAAUCGAAUAAACCGUUUUUCACAUGUU